AUGUCAUCCGAGACAACAUGCCAUUGCAAUAAGCAAGCUACAGAGACCUGCCACUGCGGCAAAGAAUGUAAAUGUUGUGGCUCAAAGCAAGAAGGAAAGACUGAAUGCCACUGCUGCGAAGGUUGCAAGUGUGGUCCAGAUUGCCACUGCACUAAGGAUAAUAAGUGCUGCCCAGAAUGCAAGUGUGGAGAAGGCUGCCACUGCUGCGAAGGCUGCAAAUGUGGUCCAGAUUGCCACUGCACUAAGGAUAAUAAGUGCUGCCCAGAAUGCAAGUGUGGAGAAGGCUGCCACUGCUGCGAAGGCUGCAAAUGUGGUCCAGAUUGCCACUGCACUAAGGAUAAUAAGUGCUGCCCAGAAUGCAAGUGCGGAGAAGGCUGCCACUGCUGUGAAGGCUGCAAGUGUGGUCCAGAUUGCCACUGCACUAAGGACAAUAAGUGCUGCCCAGAGUGCAAGUGUGAUCAUUAA